UGAGUUCAUUUUUAAAUGAACUUUUGUGCUUUGUUUUUUGUUGUUUUGCUUUUUGUUUUUGUUUUUGAGGAGAUAACUAACCCCAGCUGUCUCCAGUCUGACAAAGGUUAUUCGAAUGGACUUUAUCUCCCAGUAGUUUGGAGAUGUUUUAGAAGCACGUCCUGUGUUUGAAUUGUGGCUGAGAGGUUUCCUUGGCAAUGUGAGAAGGAAAAUUCUUUCUGCCUCAUUAUUAUUAAUUCAUGGAUUGAGUGUUGGUUCGACCUACAGGAGUAAUAGAUUGGAACUCAGUGAAGACCCAGACGUUCCUGUUGAGAUCAGCCAGCUAAUGAUUGCAUUUUAAAGACGAUUUCUGUGCUUGAGUGUUCUUGUGGAAGAUUAGCCCGUUUCAAGAGGACGUGGAGCCGGUCCUCACUUUGAGGAAGAAGUGGCUUGUGCUCCAGAAGCCACUUCUCAUCUUAGGAUCCACCCAGCAUGCCUAAUCAAGGAGAAGACUGCUAUUUUUUUUUCUAUUCUACAUGCACCAAAGGUGACAGCUGCCCAUUCCGUCACUGUGAAGCUGCUCUAGGAAAUGAAACUGUUUGCACAUUAUGGCAAGAAGGACGUUGUUUUCGACAGGUGUGCAGAUUUCGGCACAUGGAGAUUGAUAAAAAACGCAGUGAGAUUCCUUGCUAUUGGGAAAAUCAGCCCGUGGGAUGUCAAAAGCUAAACUGUGCUUUCCAUCACAACAGAGGACGUUACGUGGAUGGCCUCUUCCUGCCGCCAAGCAAAACUGUGUUACCCACUGUGCCUGAGUCAACAGAAGAGGAAGUGAAGGCUUGCCAGCUCACAGUUCAACAGAACAAAUUGUCUGUCCAGUCGAACCCUUCCCCUCAGCUGCGGAGUGUUAUGAAAGUAGAAAGUUCAGAAAAUGUUCCUAGCCCCACACAUCCACCGGUUGUAAUUAAUGCUGCAGAUGACGAUGAGGAUGAUGAUGAUCAGUUUUCUGAGGAAGGUGAAGAAACCAAAACUCCUGCCCUGCAAGCAGCUCCUGAAGUUCCUAAUGGAUUGCGAGGGGCUCCUUCUGCCCGGAAACCUGGAGGCGGUGUAAAGCAAGGUGAAUGUUUGGAUUUUGGAAUAAAAACUCUUGAGGAAAUCAAAUCAAAGAAAAUGAAGGAAAAAUCCAAGAAGCAAGGUGAAGGUACUUCGGGAGUGACCAGCCUUGUGCUCCAACCCCAGCCUGUUCCAGGUCCUGAAAAGGAGAAUGUCCGGACUGUGGUGAGGACAGUCACUCUGUCCAGCAAACAAGGAGAAGAACCUCUGGUUAGAUUGAGCCUCACGGAGAGGCUGGGGAAACGAAAAUUACCUGUAGAGAAAAUCAUGAAAGUCGGUGAGAUCCGCGUGAAGACAUUAGAAGAAAUUCUUCUUGAAAGAGCCUGUCAGAAACGUGGAGAAUUGCAAACAAAAGUCAAGGCAGAAGGACCUUCAAAGACUGCUGAUUCCACUUCUGGAAUUAGAAGCUCUUCCAAUGUCCGAAUCAAAACCUUCUCUGAGGUCCUGGCUGAAAAGAAACAUCGGCAACAGGAAGCAGAGAGACAAAAAAGCAAAAAGGAAGUAACUUGUAUCAAGUUAAAGACCGAGAGUGAAAUGAAAAAACCAGUGGUUUUGCCCCCCACGGGUGCCAGCAAAGGCCUGUCUGAGGAGCCCGCCGGGAAAGCAAAGUCAGUGCAGGACGUGCACAUCAAAACGCUGGAGGAAAUUAAACUGGAGAAGGCCCUGCGGGUGCAGCAUUGCUCCCCGGAGAGCAGCUCCAGUGCUCAGCCCCAGCCCCAGCUCGAGGACACGCCAGGGGCCCGGCGGCUGCUGCGCAUCACCAAGAAAACAGGUAUGAAAGAAGAGAAAAGGCUUCAGGAAGAAAGUGAAGACGCACCUCAGAGCAGUGCUCCCAGCGCAGAGGACAGCGAGGUUCCCGACGAGUCCGCAGGAGUUAGCACCACGAAAAUUCAGGUCAGGAGAUGCGAGACCCUGAGAGAGAAGCACACGCAGAAACAGCAGGACAGGGGAGCCCCUGAGAAGGAGUCCGUCUUGACACCCCUUCAGGGAGACGUCACCACUUUAAAUGCCCAAGUGCUAGAGAAAGCAGUGCUUAGCACCGCCCCUAGCACCUCUCGGCACCCAGCAAAGCGACCACCCCCAAAGUUACCCCAGAAGCUGGAGCUGGAAACCUUAGGGAUUGGGGAUUCAAUACUGAAUGUGAAAUAUGCAACACCGCCUUUAGAAAAAAGGGCGAAAGCUAAACCCAAAGUGAACGUGAAACCAUCUGUGGUCAAAGUCGUCUCACCCCCCAAAUUGGCCACCAAGCGCAAGGCUGCGGAGGUCCACCCUGCUGUGAUUGCAGCUGUGAGGCCGCUCAGCUCCAGCCACGCCCUGCUGGAGAGCCCGGGCAAGAGAGCAGCUGUGGCUGUGGUCCCGCUCCUCUCAGAGGAGAGCCCGGUCCCUGUGCUCGAGACAGACAGGCCUCAGGACAGCCCUGUGCUGUCUCCAGCUCAGUCCUCUUCUGACCACUCACCCUCGGAGGCGUCCGGCCCAUCCUCAUCCCAAGUGGCAGCCAAAGCGCGCCGGCUGAGCUCAGCUUCCACAGGAAAGCCCCUGAUCUCCAUGGAAGACGACUUCGAGAAACUGAUAUGGGAGAUUUCCGGAGGCAAGCUAGAAGCUGAGAUUGACCUGGAUCCUGGGAAGGAUGAAGAUGAUCUUCUGCUUGAGCUGUCAGAAAUGAUUGAUAGCUGAAGGUGGUAGUGGGGGGAGAAACUUUAAAAAAAAAAAAAAAAGCCCUCACCAAAACCCUGGCCUUGGUUUCAUCUAUGUUCCCGUUUACCUGAGGAGAUCAUUUUAUGAGUCUAGAACUUGCCCCGCAUCAGAAGUGGACCUCUGUACCAACUACCUGAUGCAGUGUCCCACAGUCCUCGGGCUGGUUUUUGAUGUCACUCGUUUCAUUUCGUUCAUUUGAUGCUGUUGUUUAGCAUCUCUGAGUACAGUUCUGAUUUACCUUUACCUUCCACCCCACCCCCCAAAAAAGAGAGAGAUUGAGAGGAGGGUCGAGUAAAAGGGUGAGGGAGAACUAAUGGCUCCUUGAGGUGUUUGUCAGUUUGAGGUUUUGUGUGUUUUUUCUCUCGAUUGUUAUUUCUUUCAUGUGUUGUCUUAAUAUGCUUAAUAUCUGAAUUUGAAAAGGGUGAAGAUAGCUGCUACCAUUAAGGACCAAAUUUCAUGCUACCACUAAACAAAAAAGUCACUCUGUUAAAUUGUCUGUGUCUUUUGUAAUGUACUUAAAGAUACAACUCAGCUUUAGAGAGGGCUGAGCAGCUCAGGCAGCUGGGCGUCUGGACAUCCCUUUGGCCCUGAUUUUGAUGUUCCUGCUGCUCGGUAAGCUCCUGAAGAGCAAUAGAUAACUUAUUAUUAUUGUCAUUGUCUUAAGGCUUUAAAGUGCCUCGGGAGCCCCCCCAACACAAAUUUUCUAUUUCUGGGAUUCCCUGGAUUCUCUGUAAGAAAGGAUGACACAGUUAGAGGAAUUCUUUUCCAGUACAAAUUCAGUUGUCCCUUCUUAAGACUUGCCUCCUUCGGAUUGAGAUAUCUGAGGGACAAAAAUUGGUUCAUUAAAAAAAAAAAUUUCUACCUUGCCCGGUAUUUAUUUGGGCUCUGUAACUAAAUGUGGGGAGAGUGGGCAGUGAACUCAUGUAUGUUGCCCAUCUUUAUCUGUGGUCUGCGGCAGUGCACCAACUUCUGCUGUCGCGAGGAGACGGCGAUGCUCUGGGGGUGUAUUGGAUGCCUUCCAGGCCUGCUCUUCAUUUCUGAAUUGAAUUUUGUUUUCUUGGUAUUGGUCUGCUGCAUAUCACCUCAGAGACUUGGUUAGACUUGGAGAUCAGAAGGAACAAGUGCGGUGGGGCUAAUCGUCUUGAAAGGAGACGACGGCCUGCACGUCACCGGGAGGAGAGGGAAAGGACUUGGCCAUUGUGACUUUUCUUUGCUGGAGGUGGCCGGUUUUCUUUCCCACAGAGAAAUCUGACCCCCACCCCGUCACGCUGGCUCCUAAGGGACUGCUGUUGUCAGCUGCCCAGCAAGAGUUGGACUUCAUGGAGUCUUGUUGGGACUGUUGACAAGAAAGAAAGCCACAGGACUGCCGUUCAGCUCUUGGGAAGAUCUGGAUGAUUCUGCACAAGCGAAAAUGACUUGAAAUUCCUGUCGCCCUCUCUGCCAGUCCGUCUUCGGUGACUGAAUGUUGUGUGAUGGCGCUCCGAAGCAGGGGUGGAAUGCUCUGGUUUCACCACAGACUGUCUACUCGACUCGGUUUUGGAAUCCCCUUCAGAUUCCAGAUCCCUUUUGUAUAUAACCUUUGUUCUUUUGUUAUUUUUAAAAUAACUUUGUUUUAUAUUUAAAUUCCUUGUAUUAGUGAUUCAUGUUCAUCAUUAUUUCAGCCAUUUGCCAUUACAGAAAGAGAAAUACUGAUUUGUGUUUUAAAUAAAACUGGUGUAGGAACGUC